UGCUAAUAAGCUUUCCGCAAAGACGUCUGAUGGUGCACCCGACCGCUAUAGGCCGUAUCCCGCCCGUUUUCUUGUUUAAUGGGAUCAGCGUGGCUCCGAAGAGAACGGUGCGAAUGCUGUCGGGGAUGGGUUUGAAGACGAUGUGGUUCACUAGCUUGAAUUAUGGACGCCAUGUCCGAUUCGGCGACUGUGUUGCCGUGUGCGGAGGAUGCUGAUGAUCCGGGAAUCGGAGAAGAAGCGCGCACCUGCGUUUCGCCAAGUGACGCUGCCGUCGACCGAGCAGCUCACAGCGAUUAUGGCUCCUCAUCAGCCAAAUCAUCGCCCGACACCAGCCAUGGGAACAGAAAGCCCCAACAGACUGUUAUCGAGGAGGAGAAAGUAUUGGGACAAAACGGUAUUGGCGAAGCACGUGAAGAAGGUCUCGGCAGACAUGGAGCAGAGACCCGACUACAAGGCGAAAAAGCUGAACAUCAGCAUCCCCGACAAGAUCGUCGUGCGGGCUUCCAUAACGGCGGACCGCGAGAACAGUCGGCUGCAGAAAUGCUGGCCAGAGAGCAGUCGCUGGAAGCAAUAACAGAACCGCUGCAACAGACUGCUGCAGACACACAGGAGAAUUUUGAGAAGCCAGUACCGCAACUGACGGAACAACGGCCGCGACAUGAUCAGAAUCAUCGCCAAACACUCGGCAGAUGCGCAACAGUACAAAGCCAAACUAUAUCACUAAUGUGCAGUCUCCAUUGGAGAAAUUCUGCGCGACCGCAUAGCGUGACGUCCCGACUACCAGACGACGCAGCUGGAGCGCAGCAUCCCCGACAAGAUCCUCCUUCGCCACUCGCCAACCACCGACAGCCACUGCGUGCUGGUGAUGGGCGGUGUCGCUGUGCGAACGUUCACUCAUGCCGAUUUGUCAUCAACCCGGCUGUGCAGUGUGUCAGCUCAUCGGCACUCGUUGUCUGCGCGGUUCAUGAUGGAUCCGGCUUGCGUGCCAUUCGCCCGCCGAGUAGGAGGAGGUUUGCCAGGCUGUCUCCAAGUAUCACGCCAUAUACUGCAGUUCGUGACAAUGUGUGCGGCCUUGGAACCGGCUGACGCAGGCAACGAUCCCCAACGGACGCAGCUGGGCCUAGGCGUACCGUGCAGCCUCUGCACGUUCACAUGUGCACCGAGCACGGACACAGCUCGCUCCCAGACUUCUCUUCCAGGCCGACGACGCAGCCGUGCUUCAGCAGGGCCACCGACUUCAACCACCAGUGUCCGGAGGCCAGCUGAUGAUCGAUGCUCUCGAUAAAGAGCCGGAGGCGCACGUGAAAGCCCUGCACCGCAGCUGCUGGGAUUGUCCCACAAUGUUCGCAAGCGGCCGAACAAGCGCGGACAUUUCAGCGAUAUCUAACUAUUUUAUUGCCUCUCAUUUGCCAAGACAAUCGGCAGGUGUUUCUGGCAGAAUCUGGAGACGAUUGUCUCCGACUGCAUCGGCCUGGCCAUCACCAACGACCGGCUGCCGGACGACGGCAUCGACGGCCGACGGGACCGCGGCAUUCUCGUCUGGCAGCGUUAUACUGUCCACCCACGGCAUGUGCUUCCGCAGUGACGUCCCUGCUGGCUCAACAGUCUUUCCGCCAAAGCGACGCCAUCUUCUCGACAAUCUGCGCAUCCGGUGAAGCACGGUGCCCGGAUAUAGGAUUAUAUGGAGGGAACUUCAGCAAGUGCUUAAGUUCUCGCCAUAUUAGUCCGUGAAAGUGCUUCGUGGUUUCCUUAUGUACGCCAGGCAUUAGGAUAAACAAUCAGCCAGUGGAAAGACGCUUCUUCUCGGCACGCUUUGCCCGGCUUCAUCGGCGGACGUCUCUUGUCAUGCACCAGCUGCUGGACAAAGAUCUCUACAAAAGCCACCGCAACGGCGUGAAAUACUCGCCGCCCUGCAACAAAUCCUCGUUAUUUAACCGUGCCGAAUAAUGCUCAACAGGCGGGAUUGCCGGCGCUUGUCGGGGAAAUUAGUCUGGAAGACCAGAGAGAAGCCAUCCCGGUGGCCAGAGCGACCGUCGGCGAAGAGAAUAUAGUGAGACCGGCGGAGUCGGAGGACUCUAGCGCCCUGGACGAGGACAACAAGGACUGGGAGAGCAAGCUGCGCUGCACGGUGUUCAAGCCGCGCCGGCGGCACUCCAACCACCUCGCGGGCGGCAUCGACAGCUCCGCGCCGGAGACGACCAGCAGCGACAACAGUCCGACGCUGAUCCGGCGC